AUGCUGGAGCAACAAUUGGCCAGCCAGUCAGAAAUCGAGGUUGCAGAUAUUACCUACUCUCAUUCUCAUAGCCAUAGCACUAGUACCGAGGCAGCAUCAGCCACUCCGUUGGAAGAGAUGGAAUGGACAAUGCAGUUCGAUCUGUCACAGUCAGCCUGGAUUGAACAUCUAGAAGUUAUAUCGGAUCCUAAUUUAGACCCUAGUUUGGACCCCAACUGGCCGGACUAUACUUUAGUCUCACAAGAUGUCGAAGCAGCACCUCAAAAGAUCCAAACAUCAGAUGACUUAUCAACAACCAAGGACUUACCUCCGUUGAUUCAGUUUGACUUGGUGCACCCACUGUUUCCCAUGGUCCACAAGCGACGAUAUUUGUCAUGGACUAAGCUGAAAGAUCCUUAUCCAGCUCGCCAAUGUUUGAGAAUGGCUAUGAGAGCCCUUGCCGCGUCUAUGUCAUCCCAAUUCAGGUCUCGUGGCGAGGACUUGUAUCUCAAAGCAAGACAGAUGGCCGAGGAUCUUGAGGCCAGCGAAUUGGGUCUGCCUUGGACAGAUGCCACUAUCAGUAUUGAGCAGACGCAGGCAUGGCUUCUUCUUGCUCAUUAUGAGCUUUUGGCACCUCACAUAUAUCCAGUACUAGCAACAGCGCGGCGUGCAUUUCGCUUGGUGUAUCUCUCGCGGCUACAUUGCUGUGAUCAGCAAGAGCAGUCUACAGGUAGUAGCUCAAACUCCUCACAAGCCUCAGCAACAACUCGAGUGGACUUCCCAACCGUCGAGGAGAAAAGAAGGACGUUUUGGGUUGCUUUCUGCCUAGACCGGUGCUUGAUCGCAUGCGGAGAAUCUGUACCAGCCAUUCAGGACGAAAUUAUCUCAGUUCGUCUUCCAUGUCCAGAAAAGAACUUUCAGAACAGAGAUGAGGUCAAGAUGGGCUUCGCAGACGAGGCACUCAAGUACACAAAGCUGGACGCGACGUCGCGUUUCGCCGAAUUUGUCACAAGUACAGCUCUCUUUGGACGCUGCAUUAUGCAGAAGCACCUACCGAAAAGCGGGCCGUCGUUAGAAAAAGAAACCGCGUCUUUCUGGAAAAGGCACGAUUGGCUGGCAUCAGCUGCAAAGAGACAGGUUGACCUAUUAUCCAUCAAUGCAACGGAUUUGGAUGACGAACCAAUGGCCAUCGUGACUUUGAUGGUAAUGUACGGUUCCAUUAUAGCCCUGGCAAAGGCGAGCAAGGAAAUGCCUCGUCAGACACAGGAAGAGAAGUUAGCUUCAGAGGCAUAUAAUGAGUCUGCCAACGAGGCUGCAGCUAAAAUGGCCGAUGUAUCUAAUGUCAUUACAACCUCUGCUUGCUUCAAGGUAAUCGUCUCACUUCAUCCUCUCUACAAGCCAAGCUGUUGUUAA